AUGACGCUAUUCAAUCCCACAACCGUCCUCGUCGGGUUCCUCCUCCUCUACCUCGCGUCCUUCCUCAUCUUCGCCAUCGUCCGCAUCGCAACAGGUAUAUCGAUCCAGCGAAUCGGGUACUUCUCGCUCCGCCGCAUCGCCUACGUUCCCAGGGAGGGGGUGCUGAUCGAACUCCGCGGACUCGGACUCUCCUUACACCCUCCGUCCUUUGCCCAACCGACAUGGCUGAGUCUGCGGCUAACAGACUUGAAAGUGACGCUGGAUCCGUCAGUUUCGAGGAAAAGGGGGACCGCGGAGAAUAAAUCCGACGCGGAGGAAGUGCAGAGCCAGUCGGAGGAGGAGCCGGGACAACACCAGGACGGGGAAAGUGAUGAGGGCACGACGCGGAAGAAUAAGACAUGGAUUGCGCUGAAUCGUAUUAAGGAACGUGUGAAGCGUUUACAUCGGAAAAUCCACUGGUUGAGGUUGGUGGACGUUGUCGCGGUCAAUACCACUAUCAGCUUCCUCGAAGCUGGGCAUAUUCAAGUUGGCACAAUAUCGCUGGCGGUGGACACGAGGCGGAAGAUGGUGGAUAGGGGGAAGGUCUUUCGACGCAAGAAGGGAGAUUCCGAUGAACUGCGCCCUGCCGAGUGGGUUCUCAACGUGCGCAAUGUCCUAGCAGUCGUUGACGGCAACGAACCAAUUGAGCUUUUGGAUCAUGUGGCAAUGAAUAUUCACGGGAUUCUGCACAAGAGUUUGGACGGGUUGAGGGAUGCAUCAAUAGCGUUGAAGAUCGGGAGGAUGCAUGUUCCCUACGAUGACCUGACGCUUUUAGUGCGGCGGAUCAAACACUCCCGGAAACCGACGGUCGACUCCGAUUCUGCCGAAGCUGAUGGAGUCACAUUUGCUGACUUUGUGGAGGAGUUGGACAACCCAGGAAGCCGAGAUGAGGUUAUUGUCGAAACCGUCAACGCCUCAAAGGAGUUUGCAGGCUCACUCCUCCGCGGGAUCCAGGAGAUACAGGUGGCACUGAGCUUUUUCAGGCUAUCUCGUGCCAUCCAGCCUCCAUCGCCUGGCCAGAGCUCCGUAUAUCUGAAUGUUGUGUCUCAUGAAAUCGGAGUUGACCUCCACCGUAUGGACCAGACGAGCCCGGCGCAUCGGAUGUAUUUCCAGCGAAAUGAUAUUGCCCACCAAGCCCUCCUUGCGGCCAUAUCCCUCUCUGUUAGUCUGGACGACAGCUCAGGCGAGACAGACAAUAUCCUCUAUAUUCCCAUGGCGACUACCACAAUAAAGACAACCUUGCCGUCAAAAACUAUCAGCUCCUAUGACGGGUACAAUGCAGAGGAGCGAAACACCAACAUUCUCUUCGCCAACCUGGUGGUCACAUCUCCUGCCCUUGAUUUAGAGCCGCAGCACGUUUCGCGGCUCCUCGAUUUAGCUCAAAGCAAAUCAUCUUCUUCGCGUGGGAAGAAGAGAGCCAGGGGCCAGUUGAUAUCCCGUUUGCUUCCCAAGACGAAUAUCAAGCUCUCUGUCCACGAGCCCGUGGUCCGUUUUGUCCUUCCCAUUUCCGACACCACUUCCCCAGAGGACGACUACAACCUCCUCAUCUCCUCAAUAUCAUCUAUAUCCCUUGACAUCGAAUCAUCUCACUCAUCCGAGGGAGGCGCCCAUUAUUCCCUAUCAUCUAUAUACAGGGUCGCCUCCCAUAAAUUUUACUAUCAAACACCCUCUGGCAUCAAACAUAACCUUCUUACCACUGAGAAUAUGGAACUCAAAUUCCUGCUUAGUGCAUCACCCGAAUUGUGUGUCAUGGCUUCAGGCACUCUGAAUACAUUCUCAGCACACAUGGUCAACGGCGAAGUCAACCGCGGGAUCCAGCAAGUCGUGGAGCAGUUCCGCGCUCAAAUUCGACCGAAGCGGAGGUAUUCCAUGUCAGUUGAAGAACGGAAGCCUAGCGUCCUCCGCCGACUCCCACCUUGGCUGCAGCGAUUUCAGUUCGAAGCUACUGGGUUUAGCUUGGAAAUCGCCGGAGUUGACGAACCUGUGUCGAAAGUGUCUCGGGGUGUUUCAUUACAGCUGCAGUCAUGGACCGCUGAUUACAGGGCUCAGAAGACUGAACCAACCGUCGUCAGUGUGGCACGUCGACGAACCCCCAGCCAUUCGACGAUUGGUGACGAAUCGCCCUUUAGGUUUACUCCAACGUCCCCUCCCAGGCAAACCGCGAAAGUCGGAGCAGCAGAUGGCAGACGAUUGGCUGUCCAUGCUCGCGGCUUUGAGGGUUUCGUUAUUGAAUCCGAAGAUUAUCUAGAGUCUGAACCAUUCUUUUCACUACCUCGAUUCGAGGUAGCCCUAAGCACAGCGAGCGAUCGCCUUGGCCCGAUUUUCCACGCCAACUCUGUCAUCAAGGGCGUUUACCUCCAAUACUCGCUCUACCGAUAUUACUGUCUCAGCGUCGCCUUGGGUGUGCUGCAAAAGGCAUUUUUACAACCUUCGCAAGCCGCCGAGGCCAAGAGAAACCUCAAAGAUUUCUACCCUCCGCCUCCACGUCCUGUCACUCAGAGAAGUGAGCUCAUCACAGUAGAUGUGAAAGCUACAGUUGUUCAGCUCAAGGCGUUUAUGCCUGCAGACCCACCAAUGCUGUUGCAGCUUUAUGGUGUCAGUGCUGGUUACCAUCGACAUGCCGCUCCGUUUGCUCGAGCCCGCUUGGUCCGUUUACACGCCGAGGCACCCAAGCUGAAAGGCGUGUGGGCAAGGAUAGUCAGCAUGAACAACUUCCGGCUUGACCUGCGGACGAUGAAGCUGAAGCAAGGCCCUAACCUGGUGGAGGAUAAGUCCAUCGAUAUCUGGACAGACUUUAUCCGGAUAGGAGUCCCUCAUCAUAUGAUUAUGCACCGUAUUUUUGACAACGUGAUCAACACCUCCAAGUCUCUCAAGCAGCUGCACCACCGCUUGAAGACCCACUCAUCCGAGUUCACUUCAGUGAGGGAACCGGAAGAGCCGAAGAAAGUUCCGAAAAUCUCCUUCCGGAGCAAAGCACUCCUAUUCGAGUUGGAAGACGACGCCUUCGAGUGGAAGCUCGGCUGCAUAUACCGGACUGGUCUCAUCGAACAGCGCCAGCGCCAAGCCAGAGAGGAUGCUUUCCAACUUAAGCUCCAAAAGCUCAAAGAAACCGACCAGCGCCGAGCUUCUUCUAGACUGCGGACUAGGUCCAGUCAUCGAACGCUGCGCAGCGAGCGCGUUAGUCAAGAUACAAGACGAAGCAAGAGCGCCGAGGCGAAACCACGAAACAACGCACGAGAUGAUAAGCGCGGACGUGGGAGAAAGUUUCGCUACGAUACGGAAGGUGUAUCUUCGUUCUCUAGUGAAGCUAAGGUUUCCGCCGAAAGCGCCUGGUAUCGACUGCAGCACUAUAAUGCUCGGAGUUGGAAGGAAAAGAUUGACGCUGCUCUGCAGUUCCAGGGCUCAUCAAUCAAAGAGGUUCGAAAUCUCUUCUCAGGCGCCGAUGAGCCCCCAGAGGAUGUGCAGGAAACGGAAACAGUCCUCUCCAUUCCUAAUCGACCUGGUCUCAUGGCAGCUUUGAUUAGUGAUGUCAACUUGACUAUUGACAAACCGACGUUUCCCCUCGAAAACUAUCCUCUUUUCUUACACAAUAUCGGCAAGGGUAUGCCUAUGUCUACGAAAUAUGCGUUACUCAUUCCUAUGAGCAUUCAGUUGGAUAUGGGUGAGGCCCGUGUAAACCUGAGGGAUUAUCCCUUGGAUCUUCUGCACAUCCCAGCGCUUCGACCCGGCCAGUCGCCUAGACUGCCAAGUUGGUCUCUUCGAACAAAUUUUGUGAUUGCUGAAGAGUACCGCAACUACAAGUCCUCAAGACAGGUUCAGGUGGAGCUUGUCCCUUCUAGUGAGCUUCCUGAUGGAACGACAAGCCCUUCUUUCUCGCUCAAUGUGUGGCGAUCUGUCAGUCCUGUGAAAACUUAUUCGGACCCUGUCAUUGAGAUUAACACAAACCUUCCUACAAGCAUAUCUUGGGGCAUGUCUUACCAACCUGUCAUCCAGGACAUGAUGAAGAUCAUCGAAGGCUUCACGAAAAUGGAAAUCGACCCCUCUGAAAGGGUUGGCUUCUGGGACAAAAUUCGACUCAGUUUCCAUUCCCGGAUUCGCGUCAAAUGGAAGGAGGAUGGAGAUGUUCACCUGCGCCUGAAGGGCUCACGAGACCCGUACGUGGUUACCGGGUUCGGAUGCGGCUUUGUCAUGUGUUGGCGCAAGGACGUUCAGUGGAACAUCCAUACAAGCGAUGAUCCAAUGGAGUUCAUGAGCGUGACGAGUGGAGAGUAUGUCCUCGCUAUACCAGACUACAACCACGAAGCCAGAUAUCUGGCUGAAGCCACGGCUGAAGAGCUUGAGACUUGUUCGGCCUCAAGCGAUAUCAAGAAUGCGGCUCAUUUCAAGAAAGUCAUCAUGAAACUGUCUGGCGAUGUCAAAUGGGGUGCGGGGCUGGUCUUCGAGCGCAAUGUCAGCGAGACUGAGCGGUCGACGGAGUUUAGGAAUCAUUAUGAUGUGGUUCUACAGAAUCCGAUAUAUGUUGAUUCGGAUGCACGGAAAGACUAUGAUGCUUACCGCGGCUUCCGAAGCAAUCACAUCCACCUUUCAGUCGCGAUUAUUGCUCCAGUGAGUCGGAACUGGAGCUCCGAUUCUGAACAGCCAACGACAAGUUACAACACGGUCCAUCUUACGCCACGUUUCUUCACCCACUUCUUCAGCUGGUGGUCGCUCUUCUCCGGCGUAAUGUCAUUGCCUGUUCGGCAGGGGCGACUAUGGCCAGGAAUUACAAAGACAAACAAGAAGUUCAACCGCCACUUGGCUACCAUCAAGUACAAGUUGCUUUUAGCUCCUCUCUUUGUGGCUCACAUCUAUAAGCACAAGGAUCCCGAGGAUUAUUCUGAAGAUGUCGUCACCGCCACGGGUUUGAAGGUUAGGUUGGACAGUCUGAAGCUGGAUAUCCAUCAACGACGAGAACAGAUAAAGACACCCUCUAAAGGUAGAUUGCGACAGCCUCAGGCCAGUGCUAUCCGUAUCUACAAGGCGGAGUUGGAUCUGCAAGCUGCAGACUUCCGGGCUGUCUCGGCGAGUAUCGAAGGUACCAACAUGGAUGAUAUUGAGCGAAAAAGGGACGAUAUACUGUCUUCCUUCCAACAACCUGUCCCACCAGUAGAUCUCUCCCGAUUUACUAUUCCUGAUCAAAACCUUGAUUGGGUUGAUAUGGAUGACUUUGUCGAGCUCGACUGGAUCCUGCCGCAAGAGUCAAAUCCUCGGACGAAAAUCCUGCCCUUGGCAUUUACUCCUCGCUUCACAUACUUCCGGCAGACGGACCAUGGUCAAAUUGCCCCCGAUCAAACGGGGUAUAGUAGCUUCGGUAACGAAGAUACUCACGACUGUGUCAUGUCGGAAAAGAAUGAGCCACGUCGGGUGCAGAUCGAACUUAUCAGAGACCGACUCGCUACUGUUGAGGCCAAAAUGCAGGAAUGCACUCGCGCAAUUGGCGAGCAGGAACUGCAGAUGGCAAAGGAUGUCGACCACGAUGUUCAGUUAAGAGUCCAACACAACGAGUACCUCCGACAAGCCGCGUCACUCGCUCGCAGACGCGCCUUCCUCUCAUCCGGCCUCCAGCGGCUAGAGAGACAAAUGGUGCGUAGCAAGAGCAACGACAAGUACCAAAGUGAUGCGGCUAGCCGGGCAGAUGCUGAUUCCGAUUCUGCGAGUGAUGGCAGAGAAACCGACAUCGACGGCUUCUACGCCUCUCCUGAAGAUGACUUGACGAGUGAUUUUAACAACCGUUUCAUGAUCCAUAGCAUUCAGUUGAAGUGGAACAACUCCCUGAGGAAUAUCCUAUUACGGUAUAUCCACCAGGUUAGUCAACGGCGUGGUUUCGUGUACUACAUGUCCCGUCGAGCCGUCAAGUUCAUCUUGGAUAUCGUCGAAGAACAAAGCAAGAACCAAGGAGGCUACUCAAAACUCUUCAAGGGAAACACAAGGCGCCCGUCAGAUGUUCCCGACGAAGACGAUAGCGUGGAAGAUCGGAUCGAGCAGUUGCUCCACGACGCCAAACGCUUUGUCAGUGCAGAGCAAGAAGAUCCGCCUGAGCAUAAGGAUCCGCCGACGUUCAGGUCUGAUUCCAGUGACGAGAUAUCGCCCGAGUUUACCGCGCAGAAUAGUUACCACUUACGACUUAUUGCGCCUCAGAUCCAGCUUCAGAGCGAGAAAAAUCCUAGGUCCGUCAUUCUUGUUGCUGCUAAGGGCAUGCAACUCAAGGUGGUGUCUAUUAUGGACAAGGAGCGCGUCUCUGAUGAUAUAAGCGGCCUGGUUCAGCGCCGUUUUACCCUCAACAUGGAUGGCGCUCAGUUCUUCGUUGCGACGCAAAAGAACCUAAUGUCGCACUUGCAAUUCUACGCUGGGAACAAGUACGGCAAUGCGCCAGGCUCUGCAUGGCCGCCGUGGUUGACUCUUGAGGCCAUGUUCGAUUUCGAGCUCAACCCAUUCGGCUUCUCGAGAAUUAUACAGAAGACUUCGGCCAGCUUGCGAUAUGACAAGUACAACAACCUCCGUUUGAAAUACAAUGACGAGGUCGCCAAAGGCCAGCCAGAUCAACAAGGACACCCUGAUGGCCAAGAAACCAGGAUGGACAGCAUCAGCGUCGAUUUCCCUCAGUUCCGCGCUAUUUGCGACUCUGCCGAGUACUACACGCUGUAUAUCAUUGUCCUUGACCUGCUGCUUUACAGUGAGCCGCUUGAGAAGGUUCGAAACGAGAGACUGGAGAGGAUUAUGCUCACCUCAGACUUCAGUGAUCUGAGAGGGGCUCCGGAGAUGGUAUAUAAGUUGCAGUCGCGCCUUCGGCAACUAGAGGAGAUCAAGGAGCAUUUCCAGAUCCAUGCCAAGUACUUGGAUAAGCGCGGUUGGGAGGAUCGGUUGAUUCUCGAGAAGGAUAUUGCUCGGUGCGAGGAUGAAUUGUUCUUCUUGAUGAAGGCAAUUACAACCUCGCAACGCAAGGUUGAGCCUACUGCCACAGGGGCUACAGGUAUCCUGCGCUGGAAUAUUUCAGCAAAUGAAAUCGUCUGGCACUUGAUGAAAGAUGAGACGGAGCCUUUGGUUGAAUUCCAGCUCCGCAAUGCUGAAUAUGACCGCACUGACAAUAGCGAUGGCUCGAACCACAAUCAAGUUGCUGUUGAACGACUGUACGGUCUGAACCUUCUGCCCGACGCAGUUUAUCCACAGAUCAUUGUGCCGUACCUCGAUCAGACACGGCGUAUGGACGGCCCCGAUGACUACAUGAUCAAGGUCAAAUGGCAUAUGCUCGAAGCUGUUGCCGGUAUCCCCGUCGUGGAUGACUUUGAGGUAUCGCUGUUCCCUCUGAAGAUUCAAUUGGAACAUGAGCUUGGGCAGAAGGUAUUCGAGUACAUGUUCCCAAAUGUUGGGUCAACCGCGUUUGAGAACGGCGGGUUCUCGCCUUUCAUGAUCAAGAACAUGCAGCCACUUGAGCAGACGGAUUCUGAUGACGAAGAAUCCUCUGCGGUUUCUAACACCAGCCCCCGAGAGACCAGUGACAGCGAACAUUCAUCGAAGGGACCCAGUGCUCUUGAGCUACGACUACAACCUACCCUAUCGCUGGCUGCGAAGCCACACGCUGAACGUCGCCCCUCACACCUCAAGGGCCUGGCCAUGACGCCGAUUCACAAGGAUAACAAGGAUAAUCGUUCGCAAACCCGACCUUCUCUGGCGGUCACUAAGAAGAAGUCCACCGAUAGUCUCCGAGUCCUCUCGCGGCAAGCUACUUCACUCUCAACUACUAGCGUCAACGAUGACAAGGGCAAGAAAUUUGGCUUGGCCAUCAUAGGCAACAAGAACGGAAAAUCCAAGGAUCGCGUGGACGAUUUCGCGCAGAUGAUGGCCCGUGCGUCAAAUUACAUGACUCUGGCCCACGUUCGAGUACAGGACGUGGUCCUCUGCGUCAGCUACAAGGGUAGAGCCGAACACAACAUCGAAGACCUCCACGACUUUGUCUUCCGGUUACCCAUCUUGGAAUACCGGAAUAAGACGUGGUCAAAUCUCGACCUUGCCCUGCGGCUGAAGAAGGACGUCAUCAAGGCCCUGAUCUCACACGCGCCUGCCAUUCUCGGCAACAAAUUCUCCCACCACCGCCCCUCGAAGCAGCAACUGCGAAAAUACCGCGAGCUGGCUAGUUCUUCCCAGAUCAUGCACUAUCCGGAUCCAUCCUCGUCUGCCGACAAUGCUACGCAAAGCCCUAGUUUGGUCAGUGCCGACUCGAGCAGUGGGUAUAACUCAGAGCCGCAGUCGCAUCGGUCGUCUCCGCUUGCUCGAUCGAAUUCUCUAGGGUCUAGCAUGUAUAGUGGUCAGGAUCAGAGCGGGUUGUUUGAUUCGCGCUCUGCGAGUGAGGUUGAUGUUGAUGCUCGUUGGGAGCAAUCUCGCCGAAUUGUCAAUCCUCCUUCGCGGCCCAUGACAUCGGGAACUGCAAUCACACGCUCUGAAACAGCCCGCAAGCUAGACAUCUCGGAGGAUAGCUCCAAGUCAACGAUUCGGAAUCUGGGCCGUAAAUUGCUUCCUGGUCGGAAGUGA